CCGUGUCCUUUAGACCAGUACUAAAUAAAACAAAUUCUUGAAUUAUUAAAAUUGUCGUCCAGUUAUGAGUUCCCCAUUAAACAACAUGCCUAGUUGAUAUUGUUAAUGAUCUGGUACAUGUCUUUGUUUCAACUAUAAAGACCAAUUCCGACAGUGAUUGUAUCCAUUUCUCCUCUGCUAUCUACUGAAGAGUUUACUACUUGCGCAUAGAAAUGGGAAGGCAGCCUUGCUGUGAUAAAGUUGGCCUGAAGAGAGGUCCAUGGAGUAGUGAAGAAGAUCGAAAACUCAUUAACUUUAUUCUCAACAAUGGCAUCAUCUGCUGGCGAACAAUGCCCAAGCUUGCAGGACUGUUGAGGUGCGGGAAGAGUUGCAGAUUGAGAUGGAUUAACUAUUUGAGGCCUGAUCUCAAAAGAGGCAUGUUUACCGAAACAGAGGAGAAUCAAAUAAUACAACUCCAUGCUCUCCUUGGUAACAGAUGGUCUAAGAUUGCCUCUCAUUUUCCUGGCCGGACUGAUAAUGAGAUCAAGAACCAUUGGAACACACGAAUCAAAAAACGAGUAAAAACCAUCCAAGAUGAGGAGAAAACACAAGUGAACACCGAGAGCACUGUACUGAAAGAUCAAGAACAGGCUUCAGAAACAACAUUAACAGACAAAAAUGUCCAAAGUUUCAAUGCUGCAAACGAAUACUUAAAUCUUUUAGACGUGGAGUUAUGGUUAAACCAAGAAACAAUAGACACCUCAGGUUCUUACAGCACUUCAUUUUCUUUGGAAGAUUCUGUGAAUCCAUCAAUGGGAGAAUCUUUACAUAUUCAAGAAGAUUCUGUGCAGCAAUGGGUUGAUAGUGCAGAUUCAAUGCUUUCAUGGGAUGCCUUUUGUUCUUCCAUUUUUCCUACGCACAUAUUACCAAUUGUUUGAUACAAAAAAUAGUUGGCAUUUUUACACUAUCAAUUUCUUCAAAGUAUCAGGAUCAAAAGAUCAUGAAAAAGCAACUAUGAGUUGAUUUUUUCUUGUUUAAUUGUAAAUUUGUGUAUCAUCUAUAUUUGUCUGCCAAAUUCUUGUGAUUUUUUCUUGUUUAAUAGGAAAAGCAUCUAUAUUUUUUCU